UGCAGCAGCACCAGGAGCAUCCAUUCAUUGAUGGAAAAACUAAGACAUUUGUCUUAGUGUCGGUCCAGGAAAAUAAGCAUAAUCUUUGCAGUGAAGUCCGUCCCGUUUUUGCUUCGCUCCGGAUAAAUAGGAGCUGCAAUUACAUUGUACACAUAUUUUUUUUGCUGGGAAGGAAUGGAGUACAUCAGAACCCCAAAGGUUGAAAAUGUCCGUUUGUUGGAUGGAGUCUUAUUGAAGAAGGCAGCAGUUGGUUCACUAUAUCUGACAGCAACGCACUUAAUUUUUGUGGAACAUAUGUCUGAGUCUCAGAAGGAAACCUGGGUACUUCAUAGUCAGAUCUGUGCCGUGGAAAAGCAAGCAACAACUGCAACAGGGUGUCCGCUACUUAUUCGCUGCAAGAAUUUCCAGGUCAUCCAGUUUAUCAUUUCGCAAGAAAGAGACUGCCAUGAUAUUUACAUUUCGUUAAUUCGUUUAUCGCGUCCAGUCAACUAUGAAGAACUAUAUUGCUUCUCGUUUAAUCCAAAACAAGGAAAAGAUGAGAGAGCAAGAGGAUGGAAACUGACAUAUCUCAAAGCUGAAUAUAAUCGCAUGGGACUACCUAACAGCUUUUGGCAGGUUUCUCAUGUAAACAGAGAAUACGGGGUUUGUGACACAUAUCCCGCAGAACUGUAUGUGCCAAAGUCAGCCUCUAUACCAGUCAUAGUUGGCAGCUCUAAAUUCAGGAGCAGGGGACGCUUUCCUGUUCUAAGUUACUUCUGCCAAGAUAACAAUGCUGCUAUUUGUAGAAGCAGCCAGCCUCUGUCAGGUUUCAGUGCUCGGUGCCUUGAGGAUGAACAGAUGCUACAGGCCAUCAGGAAGUCAAAUCCAGGAAGUGAUUUCUUGUAUGUGGUUGAUACCCGGCCAAAGUUAAACGCCAUGGCAAACCGAGCAGCAGGAAAAGGAUACGAAAAUGAAGACAACUACUCCAAUAUCAAGUUUCAGUUCAUAGGAAUAGAAAACAUACAUGUGAUGAGAAAUAGCCUACAAAAGCUGCUGGAUGUCUGUGAGCUUAGAUCUCCUUCAAUGAGUGACUUUCUCUGGGGUUUGGAGAAUUCGGGCUGGUUGAAACACAUUAAAGCCAUCAUGGACGCCGGUAUAUUUAUUGCAAAAGCUGUUGCUGAGGAGGCCGCCAGUGUACUGGUUCACUGCUCAGAUGGUUGGGACAGAACUGCCCAGGUUUGCUCCAUAGCUAGCCUGCUUCUUGAUCCACAUUACCGAACCUUAAAAGGAUUCAUGGUUUUGAUUGAAAAAGACUGGGUUUCCUUUGGACACAAAUUUAACCACAGAUGCAGCCACUUGGAUGGUGAUCCCAGGGAGGUUUCACCAGUAAUUGACCAGUUUUUUGACUGUGUUUGGCAACUAAUGGAACAAUUUCCUUGUGCCUUUGAGUUCAAUGAAAGAUUUCUGGUGCACAUUCAUCAUCAUGUCUACUCUUGCCAAUUCGGUGAUUUUAUUUGCAACAACAAUAAAGAGAGCAAAGAGCUGAGAAUUAAGGAGAAAACUCAUUCACUAUGGGCUCAUCUGUGGAAAAAUUGUAUAGAUUAUAAAAAUCCCCUGUAUAGACAAAAUCAUAGUCAAACUCAAGGAGUCCUGAGGCCUCAUACAGCUCCAUCUAACUUCAGGUUUUGGAGGAGUAUGUAUAACCGGUUUGAAAAAGGAAUGCAUCCUCGACAAUCUGUUACUGAUUUCUUGAUGGCCGUGAGGGAGGAAACACAGCAGCUGGAAGAGGAACUUGAAAUGCUAGAGGAGAAGUUAGAAAUUCAAGAUAAAUCCCAUCUGAAGAACAAAAGCGAGAAAACGAAACUUUCUCACAAAGUGGAGAUUUCUGUUUCUGAUCAACAUUUAGCCAAUACGCCUCAGGAUUAUACAAACAAUGGCAGACCAUUCACUUCUUGUAGCCCUUCACAUGAAGAUUUGGAUUCUAUCAUUCUAACACACAGCAUGAAGCAUUCAGAUACUGAUCUUUCUGCUAACAGUGAUCAGGAAUCAGGAGUCGCUGACUUGAACUGCAGAUCACCAAGUGGUGGUGACUACCUGUCGAGUGAAGAGGGCAACAAACACCUGUCAGAAUACCCUGAUGAAGCUGCCUUUGCUGUUGCCUGAGAAGCUGGUGCACCUAGUUAAAAAAGAACACUUUGCAAAGAGAAGGUGCAAUUUACAUUCUUAUUAUAUGCCAGUAUGUGAGACACUUGUAGAUUUUUAGGAUAGUUACAAUUUAUAGCUUCAAAUCCCAUCUUAUCUUAAAUAUAUAGGAUAUAUAUAUAGUAAUUACUCAAAGCAAGUAGUAAACCUUUUGAUUGGAAGGAACAGAAAGCAGAGCAUGAUUUUUUUAAAAAUCUAUUUAUUCCUCCAGCUCCUGUUUUAUAAAGGGGGUCAAAAUUGUUACAUUUAUGGUCAAGGCCUAUGCAAGUUAUAACACGGCAAUCAUUUAAAAAUAAAAUCUUUUUUGCCAGCACCGAGUUGCAAGGUGUUUCUUUUACUAGAUUGCUCCAGUGAGGUUAAUAAUAGAAGCCAACGCAUUCCUCACCAAGUCCAUUGCAAGUGGCAGAAGGAAUGACCAAUCUGUUCAACCAAAUCUUUUAAAUCAUGGACUCAUUUCUUCAAUCUCAGCAGUUCUGAUGCUCAAAACGAGUCACUGGAGAAACCGGUAGUUGAAGGAUUUUACUGCAUGGCCUCCUUGCUGGCAAGGAAAUAGAAAGCUAAAACCAAACGAGUUUUGUUUACUUUAAAAGGAAUUGGGUAGAAUGUAUCCAGUUAUAAUUCGACUAACAUGAUCUAAUUAAUAUUUUCUAGAUUUCGUGUAACUAUUGUCACAAGAUGAAUUGAAUGAGAAAUAAUUGUAAUUGUAGAACUCUAAAUUUUCAGCUAUUGUGUAUGAUUAGUGAAUUAUCCUUAUAUUCUUUAUGAUAUUUUAUUUCCUUUUCAACAAAAAUGAAUUUAUUGAAAAUGGCAGUGUCAAUUUAAGAACAUUCAGGUAUAUUUGCAAAAUUUGGUCAAUGCUAAAUUAGCCAAUAUAUGAGUUUCUUUAGGCCUCUCUCUUCAGAAAAAGAGUUAAUUGGUUGAUUUAGUUGACUUGGAUAGGAAUAAAUAGCCCUAGAAAUAAAUGUUCUAUUCCCCCCCCCCUCCCCCUUUCCAAUUAUUAUAUAAUAUAUGUCCAUCAUUUGGCCUCACUAUCUCCUGACUGUUCUCGUUUAGUUUUGAGAUACAGGGUAGAAACACUCUUUGACCCACUGAUUCCAUGCCGACCAGCGAUCACCUGUACACUAGUUCUAUCCCACUAGGGACAACUUAUAGAACCAAUUAACCUC